UGGACGCAUUCACACACACAUCUCUUGAGAAAAUUGACAAUGACUUGAAUUUUAGCGUUUAAUUGGAUAUUGGAAAUUUCAAUGUCCUUUCUCAUUAUUUAACUAAAUUACUAUUAAAGAAUGGCUAAUAAAUCCGUUUAUGAAUCAGCUCACAAAGGCGAUUUUGAUGCAGUGGCCGCACAACUUGAAGAAAAUCCUUCUUUGCUAACUACCAAAGACCCUAAUCAAAGAAUUUUGCUUCAUUGGGCUGCAGUGGGUGGCAGCCUGAAAUUGGUAACACAUUUAAUAGAGCUUGGUUCCCCCAUUGAUUGCCCGGAUGAUACUGAAACUACCCCACUUAUUUUAGCCAGCUCUGCUGGACAUGUUCAAAUUGUAGACCUGUUGAUUAAUAAGGGGGCCAAUGUGAAUCAACAAUCUACAUAUGGUCAUUCUGCUUUACAGUAUGCUGCCUCAAAAGGAUGGGUUGAGAUUUGCAAGAUACUGUUAGACAAGGGAGCAGACAUUAACAUUUGUGAUAAACGGGGAAGCACCCCACUGCACCGAGCAGCUUCAAAAGGGAAUAAAGACAUAGUGAAACUGUUUCUUGAAAAUGAUAAAGAGCUAAAAAUAAACCAUAGAGACGUCUACGGUAAUUCUGCCUUACAUUUGGCAUGUGAGGAGGACAGGCAGGAUGAAGCUAUUUUGCUGGUUAAGCAUGGAGCAGAUUUAACUUUAACAAAUAAAGAUAAACAGACACCAUUGGAUCUGUGUUCAAUAAAAUUGGCAAAGUUGCUUCAAAAUUAGAAAACUGAUGGGUUUUGGAAUUUUAUUUAUGGUAAAAUAAGAAGUGAUUAUAAAUAUACAUUUUUUUUAAAGUAUAAAA